UUAUUACUUUGUUUUGGUGACGGACGCUGCAAACAGUCCACCGGUCGCUAUAAAAGACCUGAUCGCCGACUAUUAGUCAGUUAGAACGCUUUCGACGUUGUAAACAAUCAAUCAACCAAAAUGAAAUUCUUCAUUGUCUUCUUCGCUUUGAUCGCUGUCGUCUUUGCUGGCUAUGGCCAGGGAGGACACGGACAGCAAGGAUUUGGCCAGGGAGGACAUGGCCAGCAAGGAUUCGGACAGGAAGGACACGGCCAGCAAGGAUUUGGCCAGGGCGGACACGGCCAGCAAGGAUUUGGCCAGGGAGGACAUGGCCAGCAAGGAUUUGGCCAGGGAGGACACGGCCAGCAAGGAUUUGGACAGGGAGGACACGGCCAGCAAGGAUUUGGACAGGGAGGACAUGGCCAGCAAGGAUUUGGCCGGGGAGGACACGGCCAGCAAGGACACGGCGGACGUUACUAAAAAACGAAUUCAAUAAACAAACACUAAAAAUACAAAACCCUUAAAAAA